CGCGAACGCAUUUCUCCGCCCCACCAAGAGAAUGUACGUUGCAAAGCUAUUAGCAUAUAAAACCACCAUUCAACAGGUCUAUUAGCAUCAAUCAACACUUGACCGUUGAGAACUUUACAACAAACAUGUUCAGCAAAAUCGUAGCUUUGAGCGCGCUGUUGGCCGCUGCCAACGCUGGUCACCUGGGCCAUGGUCACGCCGUGUCCACCCAAACCAUUGUCCACCAUGGCGAACCCGCACACUACGCCGCCCCUGAGGCUCACUACGCCGCUCCCGUGGCCCACUACGCCGCUGCCCCCGUAGCUCACUACGCUGCCCCCGUAGCCCACUACGACGGCCACGACACCUACGCUCACCCCAAAUACGACUUUGAGUACUCCGUGGCUGACCCCCACACCGGUGACCACAAAGCCCAGCACGAGAGCCGCGACGGUGACGCCGUGCACGGAUACUACACCCUGGUGCAGCCUGAUGGUUCCGUGCGCAAGGUUGAAUACACCGCUGAUGACCACCAUGGUUUCAACGCUGUCGUCCACAACACCGCCCCCAUCAUCCACGACCAUGGUCACGACCACCAUCAUUCACAUUUCUCCGCCCCACCCAGUACACGCAAUAGGCUCUGCAUUUCAUAUAUAAAACCGAACCCCACUUAUGUUAAUAUCAAACAACGUUUAACCGUUACAAAUACUAGUAAAAUGUUCUGCAAAAUCGUAGCUUUGAGCGCGCUGUUGGCCGCUGCCAACGCUGGCUACUUGGGCCAUGGACACGCUGUGUCCUCCCAAAGUGUCAUCCGUCACGAUGAACCCCAUCAUUAUGCUGCUCCUGUAGAACAUCACGCUCAUUAUGACAGCCAUGACGUACACGCCCAUCCCAAAUACGACUUUUCUUACUCCGUGGCUGACCCCCACACCGGUGACCACAAGUCCCAGCACGAGAGCCGCGACGGUGACGCCGUGCACGGAUACUAUACUCUCGUGCAGCCUGAUGGCUCCGUGCGCAAGGUUGAGUACACCGCUGAUGCCCACAAUGGUUUCAAUGCUGUAGUACACAACACCGCUCCCAUCAUACAUGACCACGGACAUGGACACGACUACCAUAUAUUCAACAAAAUGUUCAGCAAAAUCGUAGCUUUGAGCGCGCUGUUGGCCGCUGCCAACGCUGGCUACUUGGGCCAUGGACACGCUGUGUCCUCCCAAAGCAUCAUCCGUCACGAUGAACCCCUUCACUACGCUGCUCCCGUAGCGCAAUACGCCGCUCCCAUCGCCCACUACGCCGCUCCCGUGGCUCACUACGCUGCCCCCGUAGCUCACUACGCCGCCCCCGUAGCCCACUACGACGGCCACGACACAUACGCUCACCCCAAAUACGACUUUGCUUACUCCGUGGCUGACCCCCACACCGGUGACCACAAGUCCCAGCACGAGAGCCGCGACGGUGACGCCGUGCACGGAUACUACUCCCUGGCUCAACCUGACGGCUCCAUCCGCAAGGUUGAGUACACCGCUGAUGCCCACAAUGGUUUCAACGCUGUGGUGCACAACUCUGCCCCCUCAGUACACCCCGCCCCCGUCCAUGGACACGCUUACCCAUUACUAAGUCAUCAUCAUUGAUCAAUAAUUGAGCUGUGCCUAUUUAUUAUUUUGUACAAACCAAAUUAUUAAUGAACGAUGUUAAAAAAUAAACUGUGAUAUUCCACAAA